AUGGACUCUAGUGAGAGUCUUCAAAUCAAACCUAGACCUUUGACGCUUAGAGAAUAUGAUCUAAAACUCAUCAUUGAGAAAGUAGUAGACUUCAAGAGUUUUGCUGCAAAUGGGUAUCCUCUACGUGAGCAUUUUGAAGCGCAAGACUUGAUGAAAUUCUUUGACUUUCUGAAUGGUCCAACAUAUCCUUUUCCCGUCAAGGAUUUUUGGGUAAGGGCUGAAGUGAAUGAUGAGCAUGUUGCACUUGCUGAAGAAAGAAAUGCAGUUGAAAAUGACAAGAACUUGAAAGGGAAAACAAGGGAUGAAAUGAGUCUAAAAGAGUUUAAAGAUACUAAAAUCAGACAUUCUUUUAUGGGAUUUAACAUCACCAUCACAAUAUUGCAUAACUGA